GGCCGCCUCCCCCUCCCCGCAGCCUGCCUUAAAUACUAUGGGGCGGCCGUAGCUGCGGCGGGCGCCGCUGCCGAGCGCACCAUGCGGGCUGUCAUCGCCUUGGCCGCCGCGCUGGGCAGCCUGCUGCUGGGCGGCUGCCUCCUGCGCCUGGGCGGCCAGCAGCCCCUCCGCGCCAGGGGCUGGGAGGAGGAGGAGGAGGAGGAGGCGGGAGCGGCGGCUGUCACGCCGAAAGUGGGGCGAGCCCUCAGGUCCCCCUCAGCCGCCCUCCCUCAGGCCGGGAACAGAACAACUGUUAAUAAAAAUGGAAUCUACCAGUUUGAACAGGCUUCAAAAUGUAAGGCAAUUCAGGACAACAUUUUGUCAUCAUCUAUCAAGAAGAAAAGAUACUCAGAAGAUUAUUAUCUUCACAUAGUCACAAAACUGCAGAACUGCACCUGGAUAAGGAGACCAGAAGAAUCUACAAAAUUCAGGUCAGAAUUAGCUUCCUGCUGUGAUGCAGUUCACAAUUUCAUUGCUUCUCAAAACAACACCCCACUGGGAAGUAACAUGAGUUACGAAGUGGACAGUAAAAAGACCGUCCUCAUUACAGAGGACAUUUUUAAGAUGCUGCCUGUGUCCUCUCCUCUUUCAGUCUAUCCCUUCAAGACCUGUGCUGUGGUUGGAAAUGGAGGCAUUCUGAAAAAUUCCAGCUGUGGAGCUGAAAUUGAUCGUUCUGACUUUGUGUUUAGGUGUAACCUCCCUCCAACCACGGGAAGCAUUAGCAAAGAUGUUGGCAAUAAAACAAACCUUGUGACUGUUAAUCCGAGUAUCAUAGCUCAGAAAUACAACAAGCUAAAUGAGAAGAAGACAGAAUUUCUGGAUAACAUUGCAGUCUAUGGAGAUGCUUUCCUUUUACUGCCAGCAUUUUCCUUCAGAAGCAAUACAGCCACUUCUUUUAAAGUAUAUCACACUCUACAAGAGUUCAAAGCAACCCAAAGGGCAAUAUUUUUUCACCCCACCUAUCUGAAAAGUCUAGCCCAGUUCUGGAGAACUAAAGGUGUGAAAGCCUACCGGUUGUCAUCUGGUUUUAUGAUCACUAGUGCAGCUCUUGAGCUGUGUGAGAAUGUGAAGCUCUAUGGCUUCUGGCCUUUCUCAAAAUCCACAGAGAAGAUGCCAAUCAGCCACCACUAUUACGACAACCAACUGCCUAAACCAGGUUUCCAUGCAAUGCCCAAAGAAUACAACCAGAUCCUUCAGCUUCACAGCAAAGGCAUUUUGAAGGUGCAGUUUGGUAAAUGUGAAUCAGACUAAAAAGUUCAAGAGCUGCAAGUGAGAAGACGGGGGAAUGGAGAGGCUCUUCGUGGGGCUGCUCCUAAGGGAUGACAAAUCCAUGGUUUUUCUUUGCAGAGACUGUUCCACGUGUCAAAAUGUAAUUUCAUCAAGUUUCCACGAUAGCUCUUGCCCAGAGGUUUCGUUGUCUCUUAAAAAGUGACUCGUUUGCGUUCAUUUCGGUCCCGUUCUUUUCAAUGCGAUUGUCCCAGCAGAGCUUGCCCACCCUUGGAGCUGGUAUAAUUGUGCUCCUCCACACGCGCCAAGCUCUGUGUGAAGCUGCUAGUGGAGGCUCUGCUCCUGCUGUUUCCAAAAAGGGUCUCUCAAACUCUCCCAACGCUGAACUUGUUUAUGUUUUCAGAUGUGAGCUUGAUAUUGUCUGAGUAGAAUGUGUGCAGCGUAACAUAGAAGUGUCUCUGCGCAGGAUGUAGGAGGAGGCACGGAAAGCCCCUCAACCGUGUGUGUGCUUUUAUUACAGAAAACCAAGAUGAAUUUGUAUAGUUGAGUCAUCUGUUACGGCUGAUUUAAUUUGUACUUUGUUUUCAUGUUUUAAGUGCCUAAUGAUUUUUUGUCGAGGAGGCAAUGAUUUCAGUGUUACAACGCGUACUUAGAGUUCUGCACUUGUUACCUGUUCUGUACUAGAAUAUUUUUGCAGUUUCUGUUUGGAAAUAAAGACCUAUUAGGCAUAAUUGUGA